AUGGCGACCAAUUCCAACCGUGACUACUUCUUUCAGACGUCCGCUUCCCUUGACUUGCAGGAGCGGAAGGACGCCAAGUCCCAGAAUACCGAUGGAAACCCCAUUAGGCUACAGAGCAAGAUCCUGGCUGUCCGUGCCGAUCCGGUGAAUCAAGGCUCCAUCUACGUUGCGCAGAGUAAUGGCCUGGUGAGGAGAGUUGUUCUUGCGUUUGUUAACGAGUUGAAGACGGGUGAGACUUCCGCCCUUUAUAAAGGUCCUAUGGCCCCAGUCACCAGUGUCUGUCUUAGCCCAGAUGGCAAGCUCCUGUUCGCUGGAUGCUGGGACAAGUCCGUGUGGAGUUGGGACGUUGCCUCGGGUCAGUCUCGGCAGAAAUACGAAGGACAUUACGACUUUGUCAAGUCCGUUGUCAGUAUAAGACUGCAUGGAGACGACUUGCUCAUCUCCGGCAGUGCAGACGCACAGAUCCUUGUGUUCAAGAUUGCCAGUGGUGAACGGAUCGAGACAUUCAAGGACCACGCUCGCGGCAUUCAGGAUCUCGCUUUUGAUCCUGAGUCGGAUGAAUCUCAGCCGGUUCUGUUCAGCGCAGGAAGUGACCGUGAAAUCCGACAAUUCAAGAUCUUCGGGGUGGAGAGCCCGUAG